AUGAAGACCCGAAGUCGUGGUUCAUCCUCCAAAUUUGUGAAGUCUCAAAAGGAGACAGUUCCUGAGUCAGUUCCCUCUGCCACUCCGACUACUCCAGCAUCUAUCCAUGCUGUCUCACCUCCUACAGGCCGUCGAUCUAAGACCACAGCAAGAAAGAAGGUUCUUGCCCUUCCUGGUCCUGAAGGAGCUACUUUGAUUGGGGCUACGAGUAAAGGAGUUACCUUUUCCAACCUUGAUGCUCAGCAAAACCUAGCCUCGGCGGUUCCACUCGCCUCAUCCGAAGGUCAAGUAAAAUCCAAUCCUGCCUUGAAUACAAGUCAUUCCCAAUUAGUCUCCACUGAAGCUGUGUCUGAUCCAUCUGAACAUGACUCUGAAUCUUCGUUAUCCCCUAAUGUGUUGACACCCAAGGCAAAGGGCAAUCCCAAAUCCAAAGCCGCUGGAACAAAGAGGACUAAAAAGGCCAAAGCAAAAAUCAACCCACCUCCUUGCACCUCAUCGGAGGAUGUUUCUCCUGAAACGGAAGACUCACUGCCCGAGUUGGACCCUUCCUUAACCGAGCCAAUUCCUGAAGUUCCUCUUGAAGAUUUGGAGGAGGAGACUGAAUCUAAAGAAGAUCCAUUAGAAACCACUCCUGUUGCAUCUGACCCAAAGGGCACAACACCAUUGGCAUUUCCUGAAUUGUCUACCAACCUCACUAAACAAAAAGGUGCCCCUGUCCAUACUUCAGAUGACCAUGCUCCGUCCACAGCUCGAAAGGUCAAAGGCAUUAAUCUAGCUGGUUCUGGGUCUGGCAAUGUCGCGUCUGACACUCCUGCUGUCCUGACUGCUCUUGCUUCUAUCCAAAUAGGAAUUGCAAGUCUCUCCGAGCGGUUCACUCACAUGGAGGAUACUCAGCGCCAAAUUUUUGCUUCGUUGGCCAUUAUCAAUGCAUCCACCACUCCUGCUCCAUGA